GAUAACUCUCAGAUUGUCGAGGAUGAAAAAAAUUAGAAUAUGCGAUUGGCGGCACUGGUAAUGUCAUAUGGUCUGAAAUGUUUUGAGUUGUUAAACGAGUUGUUAAUGUUGUUACGUUUCUGUGAAUAAAUAUAAAAGUUUUUUAAAUACUAAGCAACAAUGGGGAAAAACAAGAAAACGCGGAAAGUUGUUAUGCAGAAGUUUGCACAAAUGAAGAAGAUGAUAAAUCUGAAUGACCCAAGGAUAAAACCAGAAAAGAGAAUAGUAUCUCAGAAACAUAAGAAGGCAGACCCAACUAAGAUGAAAAUAACAGAAGCGCCCCAGCAAUCUUCUGCAUUGUUCUUCCAAUAUAAUACACAGCUAGGUCCUCCCUACCAUAUAUUAAUAGACACCAACUUCAUUAAUUUUUCAAUUAAAAACAAACUAGAUAUCAUAGAAAGUAUGAUGCAGUGUCUUUAUGCAAAAUGCAUACCGUAUAUAACAGACUGUGUGAUGGGAGAGUUAGAAAAACUCGGACAAAAGUACAAGAUAGCAUUGAAGAUCAUAAAGGAUCCUAGAUUCGAAAGGCUAAACUGCAUGCACAGAGGUACUUACGCGGACGACUGUAUCGUUAACAGAGUGACUCAACACAAAUGUUACAUAGUGGCAACGAAUGAUAAAGACUUGAAAAGGCGGAUACGUAAGAUACCCGGUGUGCCUAUAAUGUACGUCGCACAGCACAGAUACACCAUAGAGAGAAUGCCAGACGCGUAUGGAGCGCCUAAAAUCUAACCGUUCGGCGUUAUAAUAUUUUCCACUGUCUCAGAUAUUAAUAAAGCCCUAUAUUUUAUUCGUAAAG